AUGUGCGACCUCACCAAGCAAACUGAGCCUAGAAAACUGAAGGGAAGUCUCUCACCAAAUAUUUUCAACCAGAUAAAUUCACUUAACCUUAGAGGUUACAGUAAAGGCAACAAUGUUGGUACCUGGAGGCCAAUUAGUUUUCAAGUUAAGUCAGGAGGAAGUCCUAUCAUCAGACAUCAUUCGUUUAAUAAUGUAUCUGACUUUGGAUAUACACAUGGUGGUUUUGGCAAAGAGAGGUCUCAUAGUAAUGACCCCAAGAAACACAAUUUGCUCACUACCAAUGAGCAGGAAACCAUGAAGCUUCUGAAUGACCGCUUAGCAUCCUACCUGGAGAAGGUGCGGACACUGGAAGAAAAAAAUGUGCAUCUGGAGAGGAAGAUUCGAGAUUGGUAUAAUAUAAAUCACCCCCAGAUGUUGCCUGAUUUCAGUCAUUAUUUUGGAUCAAUUGAAGAACUUCAGAACAAGAUCUUCAAAUACACCACGGAGAACACAAGGGUCUCACGGCAGGUAGAUAAUACUCGCUUGGCUGCAGAGGAUUUCCAAAAUAAGUAUGAGAUUGAGGUCAACUUAAGAGCUGACAUUGAACAAGAUGUGAAGGCCCUGCGUCAUGAUCUCGGGAGUCUUAAACAAGACGUUGAAGAACUAGAUUUUCAUCAUGAGAAUCUGCAACAAGACAUCCUUCAAAAGAAGAAGACUAAUGAGGAUACAGUAAACAUCCUAUACAGCCAGCUGGGCAACAGAGUCACUGUGGAAGUAGAUGUCCCUCCAACUGCAGAUUUAAGUAAGCUGUUGUCUGAGAUUCGAGAACAAUAUGAAGACCUGAUGGAAAGUAACAAAACAGAAGCAGAAAAAUGGUUCCUGGCAAAGAGUGAAGAACUGAAACAUGAAGUGGAGUCUGGAACUCCUGAGCAACUUACCACAUUCCAGAGUGAAAAAAUUGAAUUAAAAAGAACUGUCCAGACCUUGGAAAUUGAUCAACAGAGCCAGCUAAGCCUGAAAUCGGCACUUGAAAACACAUUGACAGAAAAAAAGGGCAGUUACAGUAUGCAGUUGUCACAGUUACAGGACUUGAUCAAUCAAGUGGAAGCAAAUUUAUCCCAGAUUCGAGACAAGCGUGAAUGCCAGAAUGAGGACCACAAAGCUCUAAUGUAUGUAACAAUGCAUUUGGAGAGAGAAAUCAGUACAUACCGACUCUUGAUCGAUAAGCAGGAUGUUCAUGUACCAAGACAUUCAUCAUCUUUAUUUGAAGGCCCGACAAAAGUUGUUAGAGUUGUCUCAAUUACUGAAGAACUUGAAAGCAGAAAAAUUGUUUCUCCAAGAGAAAAAUGCAUCCCAGGGUAUUUGCCAAAGGAGAACGCAUGGCAUGCAAAGCAACUUCUUCCUAAAGGAGUCCAUCAUGAACAAGAAGACACUAACUAA